UUAUUUUGUAGGUGUGACCCGGAUGUAGCAUGCUGUGAGCUAAGCAGCUAGCUGUGUCUCCUCUGUCAGCAGGUCUCAGCUGGUGCAGCAUGGAGCGAGUGAGGAGGGUCCUGGUUCACUUCUGUAAGGACGGAGCGGCUCAACCAGCCCACUUUGUGCAGAGUAUAACGGGUCACUUCAGUGAGGGCGGAGAGGACGAGGUGGAGGUCGGCUGCUCUCUGGAGAGAAACCGGCUCAUUCUUCACCGAGCAGACGCCGGGCGGGGGGUCACUCUGAAGAGGCACGCCUUCUGCCCCAUCAAGCACCUGUCCGUCACGGAGAAUGCUGCGCUCCCAUUGGACGUUCAGCAGCGAGGAGUGGAUGUGGGCGUGGCCAUCAUCCUGCAGACAGCCAAUCAGAAGGUGUUGUUGACACGGCGUGCGAAGGAGCUCCGGAUAUUUCCCAACAUCUGGGUUCCUCCAGGUCUCACACUCAUCUGUUACAGGGCCAGGUGCAUCAUGGGAAAUGUAGUGAAGCAGGGUUUUUGGAUUAAAAUCUCAACAUUUAAAUUCUGCUUUUAAUUUCUCUUCAGCUCUAUAGUGCAGUACUUCAAAGUUAGCACUUUCACACACACAUUUAUAUUUAUGUGUUUUUUAAGCUAAGAAAUAGCUUCACAUCU